AUGCUCAAUAAUUGUUGCUUCUGUAUCAAUCUCAGAACUGCUACGCUUGUCUUGGCUGCGUUAGGCGCUGUUACUCACCUCUACGGUGCUAUGACUUUAACAGCCUUAUCAGACGAAUUUGAUGACGCUGAUACAGGCGCUGUUCUUGGCCUCACAGCUUACUCAUAUCUCUCUGGUUUUGCUUGUUUAGCUGGUGCAGUUGGUGUGCUGAAGAACAACGUUAAACAUCUUCGUUUUUUCAAUGCCUACUAUUGGGCUGAUUUGGGUUUACACACCAUGUUCUCAGUUGCAAGUGCAUUGAUGCUCUUCAGCCUUCAUACUGAUGUUUGCAAGGAAAUUGUCAGUGAAGCCAAAGAUGAUGAAUUUGAUAUGAACACAUGCGAAUCUGUCUAUAUUCAAGGUGCCUGGGUUGUCACCAUUGCCAUGGCUAUCAACAUGUUGUUGAAGCUUCACUUUGCAUUUGCUAUUCACUCUUACACCAAGCAAGUCAAGCAGAUCAAGGAUGAUGAAGAGUUAAUGGACCGUGUGAUUUCUACACCUUAUCCCACAGCUUAUAUCUCAACAACAACAAAGGAUAACAAGGAGCAGCCCAUCUAUGUUGCUGGUCAAGAAUAUAUCCCUGAUGAGAAGAAACAGCAACAGGCUGAGGAACAACACUAA